UUCCGAUUCGCACGGGGACGUCUAUUCGGCGGAUUGCCAAAUCCGCAGAUGGGUCAUUCGAGAUAUUUGCAGGAAGAAAGGGCAGCGGUGGCAGCGCAGAGUACAACUCCAAGAAUACCCCUCCAUCAUUCCGGGCGGACUAUGUUUUGCUUGCAACUGGUGGCACUAGGCAGGGAUACGAGCUUGCUACCUACCUUGGGCACACUAUCGUCGAUCCUGUACCCAGCUUGUUCACUUUCAAGAUCUCCGAUAAUGAGUUGACGGCCUUGGCUGGGGUGAGCUUUCCUAAAGUGGUUGCCACAUUGGAGCUGGAGGGGAAGAGGCGGCCGGGUGCACACCUUACGCAGGAGGGGCCAUUGCUCAUCACCCAUUGGGGUCUCAGCGGACCAGCCAUUUUGCGACUCUCUGCAUGGGCAGCCAGGGACCUAUUCCAGACAAAUUACACAGGAACUCUGCUUGUCGACUUUGUGCCACAGCAGAAAGCUACGGAGGUUUGCGCCAUUUUGGGUACACAGAAGCAGGCCGCACAGCAGAAGAGGAAGAUCGGAGGCUCGCCACCGGUCGAUCUGAACAUACCACGAAGAUUUUGGCUGUAUAUUAUUAGUCACAAGGGCUUGAACCCUGAUGAUACGUGGGGAUCCAUUCCUGCAAGCAGGUUACAGGAGAUUGGUCAUCUGCUGAAGCGCUGGCCUUUUCCGGUAUCAGGAAAGGGUGUCUUUAAGGAGGAAUUUGUCACAGCUGGAGGCAUCCCAUUGGUGGAGAUCGACCUGCAAAGCAUGGAAAGUCGGAAGUGCCCCAACCUCUACUUCGCAGGAGAGGUGCUGGAUAUCGAUGGUGUCACAGGGGGGUUCAAUUUUCAGAAUGCAUGGACGGGUGGAUUUUUGGCGGGAACUUCCAUUGCCAAGGCAGUUGCUGUCAUGCUCGCAGAUGGUGAGAAUUGACAGAGAGCGAACAUGAAGGAGCAUCAUACCCAAGUCAACAACCGCACCUCGGAUAUAUCGUCAUGGUAUUCAGGAAGGUUAUUGCUACAAUGUGUUCAAGCUGGUAAGGAGCGCCUUGGCAGCAUUCAAAGCUCUAUGAGAAAAGUGUGCUUCUUUGGAUACGCUGUCUUCAAAUAGAGCAAGUGGUGAGGAUCCGACUAGUCAUUCAGUCUUAGGGAAAGGUGAGCAGCAGGCGGAAAUAUAGGGGUCAGAACAAAGAGAGGGGUAGACACUUGUGAUGUAUUAGCAUCAAGUAGAAUAGGUUAGUAACCUUGAUCCUUACAUCUCUGCUUCUAGUCUAUCUCCAAGGUAGGGAACGACCGGUAUGACUCCUCCUAUCUUCUUUCGUCUUUUCAAGGCCAUGACACCGAUAAUCACAAGUGCACAAUUUUGGCCGGUUAAGAACUCAAAGUAGGCGCUGUUUACCUUGCUAGACUCAUUAGUGAGACGAGUUUCGUUAUCAAAGCAAGUCUUAAGACUCU